AUGCCUGGUGAACGUGGAACACGUAUUCAAGAUGAUAUGCAAACGACUGCCCUUUCAAACGAUAAUCGAUAUCAACAAUAUCUGACUGCUACAGUGUAUGAGGACAGUUUCUAUCGACUACUUGUUCAGCUUGAUUGUGGUGGACAGUUAAGCGGAGAUACACAGGAGACUCCUUGCAGUCGUUAUCUCAGUGUUACUGUGUGGAUUGACUUCAACGACAAUGGGUUAGAUGAAUCAGAAAGUCGACUUCUCCAGCCCGCUUGGUCAAGCAAUGAUGUACCUACGGGUACAUAUAAUUUGGAUGUAAACAUACCAAAAAUUGACGGCAGAACUACGAAAGCUGGUGUUCAUCGCAUGCUUGUUACUGUGAUGGCAAGUGAAGAUUAUCAAAGAGAAUGUGGCAGUUUUCCGUACAAAGAAACACGAGAGUAUACCGUCGAUGUUAUUCCAAAAGUAGCACCUAUAGGUAAAUGGUUGUUUAUUAACUGAUUAAAUAUUUUGCAUCAUAGUCGUACAUGUUUGAUCAUUUCUAUUGAAGAAAACUUUCUUUGAAUAUUUCCCUUUUCUUUAUUUCAAAAAUAGAAGUCAUACACAAAUAAUAUUUUUCUUGAAAGAAAUCGUUUUUCAAUGAACGGAAUUAUAUAAAAUCUAAUAUUCAUUGUUUUAUGUACUUUGCACGAGAAAUUUUUUCUCGAAUGUGAUAUGUCACUAUUGUCAUUUAAUCAGAUGAGCAGACAUAGAAUGCAUAUUCAUUGAAACACAGUGUUUUCAGCUAUAUUAUACUAGUCAAAGCGACUUUCAUCUCUUCGAAUCUUAACGUUUGUGAAAGGUUAAUAUCUGAAAAAUCAUCUGUAAUUCCUGCAAAAAAACUUUCCAUCAUUAGUAUCAUCACCAUUUAAAUCAUUCAAGUUCGAAUAGAAUCAUACCGAGUAGUGUCAUUGAUUCACUGUGAAUCUUAUAGUUCGAGAAAACUAGUGAGAAUAGAUCACAAAUGGAGAAAUAAAAUAGUUCCUGUGAGUGAAUAUUUUCGUUUACAGUGAAUGUAUACUAUCUUUAUGUAAUUUUUCCUUGUACAAUUGAAUUUCUUCAUCAAGGAUUAUCAUAAUAUACAAGGAAAAUUCUGACGAGGGAACAUUCCCAAGUGAUACCCGCCGUUUCAGCUCAUAUUAUACCCAAAAUUAGAUCUCGGUAAGACUAAAGAAAGUCUAAAAUGGUUCGUGCCAUUG